AUGUCUCCUCCGUCCGUCGCGAUGUCAUCCGUUUGCGUAGCCCUAGCCGUUUUCGGUCUCGCCGCUUCCGUUCCCGUGGAACAACAACAACAGCGGCAAGAGGACGGCGCGGGUUCUGCCGGAUUCGGCACGGUCCUGUGGUCGGUGCUGGACGACUGUUUCGGCGACGGUGACUCGACCGAACCGGCCACAGUGUGCCUCAAGUCCAAAGCGCUGACGGCCCUUGACCGGGCACUCGGCAAGCCCGCGAUCACCGUCGCGGACGGCGUGACCCUUUCCGCCAGGGCUGGCAAGUCGCUGGCCGUCGACCCACAAGCUGACCGGGCCGACCGUGCCGCCCUGGACGCCGCCCCGGACGCCGACAGCAAGAACGCUCUGCUGGACGACAUGCUCGCCAGCCGCAUGGACAGACUCAUGUCCACCAGGACCAUCGUGCUGGACGGUGCCGGCCAAGAAGGUCGCAAGAAGAAGGACAAGGCCAUGCAACAGGCCAUGAUGAUGGCCGGUAUGAUGGCCGCCGCGGUCAUGGGCCCGAUGGCGUUCAAAAUCUUGGCGCUGAUCGCCGGAAAGGCACUGUUGCUGAGCAAAAUCGCACUGGUGCUGUCCGGCAUCAUAGCGCUGAAGAAGCUGCUCCAACCGCAACAGGGAGGACACGAAACCGAAUCGGUGUCCCAUCACUACGGCCGGAGCUUGCAGAAACUCGAAGCUCACGACGUGGCGUACUCUGGCCAAAAGCCGCAGUAG